CCAUCAUUUUCAAGGCUUUUGAAUUUUUCCUGCAUUGUCUGCCUCUGGGCACCAGCUUCUAGCCCCAUGAGAGGAGCAAACCAGUCGAGUGUCUCCGAGUUCCUCCUCCUCGGGCUCUCCAGGCAGCCCCAGCAGCAGCAGGCCCUCUUUGCGCUCUUCCUGAGCAUGUACCUGGCCACGGUCCUGGGAAACCUGCUCAUCCUCCUGGCCAUCAGCGUGGACCCCCGCCUGCACAUCCCCAUGUACUUCCUCCUCAGCCACCUGUCCUUUGUGGACAUCUGCUUCUCCACCACCACCGUCCCCAAGAUGCUGGCCAACCACAUCCUUGGGACUCAGGCCAUCUCCUUCUCUGGGUGUCUCACACAGAUGUAUUUUGUGUUCAUGUUCGUGGACAUGGACAAUUUCCUCCUGGCUGUGAUGGCCUAUGACCGCUUUGUUGCCAUAUGUCACCCCUUACACUACUCGACAAAGAUGACCCAGCAGCUCUGUGCCCUGCUGGUUGCUGGGUCAUGGGUCAUUGCCAACCUGAAUGUCCUACUGCAUACCCUGCUGAUGGCUCGACUCUCGUUCUGUGCAGACAAUGCCAUCCCCCACUUCUUCUGUGAUGUGACUCCCCUCCUGAAACUGUCCUGCUCUGACACCCACCUCAAUGAGAUGAUGGUUCUUAUCGAAGCAGGGUUGAUCAUGAUCUCUCCAUUUAUUUGCAUCCUGGCUUCGUAUGUGCAUAUUACCUGCGCUGUCCUGAGAGUCCCGUCCACGAAGGGAAGAUGGAAAGCCUUCUCGACCUGUGGCUCGCACCUGGCCGUGGUUUCCCUCUUCUAUGGCACCAUCAUUGCUGUGUAUUUCAACCCUUUAGCCUCACACUCAGCUGAGGCAGAUAUAGCAUCUGCUGUGAUGUUCACGGUGGUGACUCCCAUGCUGAACCCCUUCAUCUACAGCCUGAGGAACAAGGACAUAAAAGGGGCUCUUGGAAAAGUGGUUGCUCUGAAUAUUUUUCUACCUGGCAAUCAAAUGGGCUAAGAAAAUCAGGCAGGGAACUAGUUUCUAAGAAGACCACAUUUGCUUUUUCUAUUGUGCAAAGCUCAGCAUUUGUCAUGUGUGAGCGAAUCAUCUAGUGUCUGUCUUGGGAGACCAGAUUUGAUACAGCCUCUUCAGCUAAGGAUGGAAAGCAAGAUCCUUUUACCAAAUAACUUACUGCACCUGUUAGUGCCCUGCAGCCCAAACCCACUAGCAACACAUGUCUUGUUGAAUGAGUGUGGUUUAUUAGGCUCAGAGGGGAGAAUGCAUACCAUCGGGAGUUGUGAGGCAUCUUAGCAGGAAGGUGUUAGACAGGAUUUACAAAAGGCUUGUUGUCUGAGGUGAAUUUAGUGAGGAUUUAAGGAAAUGGGUCUGUGCUCUGGAUUUCACACUGUCACAUGGUAGGGAUGAUUCUGAUGGAGUAUCUUAAAAUAUUUUAUCCAGGAGGGAAGACUAGACUAAGGCAAGACUGUGAUUGGCAGAGAAGUAGCAUUAAUUCGUAUCAGCCAACAUAGGGGGAGUUUGGUCAUUUUUGGGGCUUGGACAGUGUUCGGACAUGAUUACAGAGUGGUCUCUCUUUGUCUUGCUCCAUGAUGGUCAGUCACAGAGCGGCCCUGUGUGGUACUGUGGUUGUGUUCAUCCUGAGAACAUGGCAUCGAUCUGUGAGUGCCAGGCCAUCUCCUGGGUGUCAGGACUGGUUUGUCUUUCUCACAACAGAGACGCAGAGAUAAGAGUACAUCUUACGGGAAGCUCAGACCGGUGGGGGUAGGAAAGGGAAGGGUUCAUUUAGGGCUCCAAGAAGCCCUAAUUCUGCCACGAAUUCGAGCUAAUUAUUUGUUAUUUUCUUAUCUGAGCUUUCUGGGUCACACAGCAUUACAGCAGGAAUAAGUGUGAGAUACACAAGAAUAUCUUCGAAAAUCUCCACUGUGUCAAUGAACUGCAUCUUUUUUUCCACACUGCCUUCAGUUUAUGUCAAUGCGCUGAGAUAUUUUACAUAGUUACUAAUUUGUAUCCUGAUUUCCCACUAUAAUUUUAUAAUAAAGCUUUUCAAAAUUGC